CUUCCAAUAUGUAAUUAUAUGGAGAAGCGUAACUAAUUGCGCUUCGGAUUGUUUGUGCACAUCGGCCUCUUUACUGGGUGCACUGCUUACAGGAAGCGUGCGUCGUUAGCCAAGAAGAAAGAAAGUAGCGAACUUGUAGUCAUUAGUUUACGAAUAUAUCGUAUUAUUAGCUCUAUGUUUCUUUAAUUAAACAUAUGUGCAAUUAUAUUAUACAAAAUAGAAAAUGUUUGCGGGCCUGCCUGAGCUUGGGAUAUCCAAUGGCGAGGAUCUAAAAGAAACACUGACCAACUGCACAGAGCCUCUGAAAGCCAUUGACCAGUUUCAGACAGAAAAUGGCAUUUUGUUGCCAACUCUUCAGUCCGCUCUUCCCUUUCUGGACCUUCACGGGACUCCUCGGUUGGAGUUUCACCAGUCUGUCUUUGACGAGCUUCGUGACAAGUUGAUGGAGCGAGUCGCCACUAUCGCGGAGGGCAAGGAUGAGGACCGUUAUGGUAAACUUGAAGAGCUUUUAGAGAAGAGUUUUCCGCUGGUGAAGAUGCCUUCCAUUCAGCCAGUGGUCAUGCAGGUUCUGAAACAUCUUCCAAAGGUUCCAGAGAAAAAGCUGAAGCUUGUGAUGGCUGAUAAGGAACUGUAUAAGGUCUGUGCUGUUGAGGUGAAGAGGCAGAUCUGGCAGGACAACCAGGCUCUCUUCGGGGAUGAGGUUUCGCCCCUGCUCAAGCAGUAUAUUGUGGAGAAGGAGGCAGCACUUUUCAGCAGCGAUCUCUCUAUUCUGCACAACUUCUUCAGCCCCUCCCCCAAAGCAAGACGCCAAGGAGAGGUAGUCUUGAAGCUGACCCAGAUGAUUGGGAAGAAUGUGAAGCUGUAUGACAUGGUGCUUCAGUUCCUGCGAACCCUCUUCCUGCGUACGCGCAACGUCCACUAUUGCACCUUGCGUGCAGAGCUGCUCAUGUCCCUCCAUGACCUGGACAUCAGUGAGAUCUGUUCAGUAGACCCCUGCCAUAAGUUCACCUGGUGCUUGGAUGCCUGUAUCCGUGAGAAGUUUGUGGAUGCCAAGCGAGCCCGGGAAUUGCAAGGUUUUCUGGAUGGAGUGAAGAAAGGACAGGAGCAAGUACUUGGGGACCUGUCCAUGAUCCUGUGUGAUCCAUUUGCCUGUAACACCCUGGUUUUGAGUACAGUCCGAAACUUGCAGGAAUUGCUAAGCCAGGACGCUCUACCCAGAGACAGUCCAGACCUGAUGCUGCUGCUCAGAAUGCUGUCUCUUGGACAAGGUGCUUGGGAUAUGAUUGACAGCCAAGUCUUUAAAGAGCCCAGAUUGGAACUGGAGGUUGUAACCCGUUUUCUACCAGCCAUGUUGUCAUUAGUUGUGGACGACUACACCUUCACUGUAGAACAGAAGCUCCCCAAUGAGGAGAAGACCUCCCUCACCUACCCCACAGCCCUGCCUGAUGCCUUCAACAAGUACCUGCAGGAGAACAGGGUGGCUUGUGAGAUAGGUCUGUACUACACACUCCACAUUGCCAAGCAGAGGAACAAGAAUGCCUUACAACGGUUACUUCCCGCUUUGGUGGAGACCCACAACGACAUGGCCUUUGGGGACAUCUUCCUGCACCUCCUGACAGGACACCUCACCUUGCUCUCUGAUGAGUUUGGGACUGAAGAGUUCUGCUCUGCCGUGUUUGAUGGCUUUCUUCUCGCCUCUUUCUCCAGUAAAGAGAAUGUCCACAGACACACCCUACGCCUGUUGCUUCACCUUCACCACAAAGUUUUGCCAUCUUGUGUGGAGACCUUACUGAAAACCCUGGAACCCCCAAAACAGAGCAGUGACCAGGUGAAGGAGUUGUACAUCCAGCUGACAGAGAAACUGGAGGCCCAGAAGAAGAGUCCUCCCCAGCCAGAUGAAGCCCCCUCUCUGGACCUGGGGCUCCAUCCUGUUACAGUGCCCACUACAGCCUCCACGCCAACCACACCACUUUGAGAGAAGAGGAGGUAGGAAGCAUCGAAAGAAAGAAACCCAGUGGUCUGAAAAAAGGAUGCUGAUAUUUCAUAUAGAAUUGAGGUCGGCUCAUGAAACCACAAAAAAAGACUGCAUAAUGAACAUUACAAAAUGCCAUUUCCUCUAUGGUCAAGGUUUAGAUUGUUUUCUAAUGCUUGUUUAUUUUUUUUAAGGUAUUUUUUGUGGGGCAGUCCCACUCCUUUUGUAAUUUCUGUUGCUUUAUUGAAGAGGUAAAGUGUUUGAAAGACGGGGGUGGGUGGGGGGGGUCAGAUUUGUAUACAUGUAUGCCGGGGUCAGCGGUAGUAACCGCUGGACCAAACGGGCCACAGUGCUUGUUUUUUUUAAGCUGUCUAUUUUUAAGCGGUCUUCCAGCUUUACAAAUGUAGUUCAGUGGCCAAUGUUUUUCAGUGGCAAUUAUUACUUUUAUGAAUAUGUAGUCUUGCUUAAUUAUUGUUCAAAGUAUGUUUUAAUAUGUAGUGCAGCUAUCUAUCUAGUCUGAAUGUCAAUGUAUGAAGGCCUACUGUUGUUUGGUUUGUGUCAGUGGUGAAGCAAGCUGUAAAUAAAAUAAUUAUUUAGAAA